AAUAUGGCGGCGAGUGAGACGCAUCUCAGAAUGCGCGAUGACGUGGACACAAAACGUGACUGGGUUCGAAGUUGAAAGUCAAACAGGACUGCAGCUUCUCAGCAUGGCGUUCCUGGUGGGAAGCAGGACCUUCUUGCACGUCUUUCGACCGCGGGCAACUGGUCAGGACAGCGCGUGUAAACUGAUAGCUGCCUUGUCCUGCUUGAGACAGAAUGUGUUCUCCGAAAACGUCUCGCUCAUUUGUCGCUUGAACGGUCACGCAUUAGUGACACGACACUACAGCUCCGAGUCGAAGGAUGAUCUGCGCGUCAGAUACCUGAACGGAGAAGACGCCGGUAUUGUUGUUGUUGGGAUAAAUCGGCCAAAAGCCAAAAAUGCCAUCAGCAAAAAUCUGGUCAAAAUGAUGUUUGAGGCCCUGGACGAUAUCAAGAAUAAUAACAAAGUGCGCAGUGUUAUUUUAUGCAGUUUGGUUCCUGGGAUCUUUUGUGCAGGUGCAGACCUGAAGGAGAGGGCCAAGAUGCACCAGAGUGAAGUAGGACCAUUUGUGUCCAAAGCAAGAGCACUCAUCACAGAGCUGGGUAACCUACCAAUACCAACAAUUGCUGCAAUUGAUGGAGCUGCCCUAGGAGGAGGCUUAGAAAUGGCCCUUGCUUGUGACAUCAGAAUUGCAUCUGAUACUGCAAAAAUGGGACUAGUUGAGACUAAACUUGCGAUUAUUCCUGGAGCAGGUGGUACACAGCGGCUCCCAAGGAUAAUUGGCGUCUCUCUUGCUAAAGAGCUCAUCUUUGCUGCCAGGGCGGUGGAUGGAACAGAGGCAUUUCGUCUGGGUCUUGUCAGUCAUUCUGUGGAGCAGAAUAAGAGUGGAGAUGCUGCCUACCUGCGGGCUCUGGAGCUCGCUCGUGAAAUCAACCCUCAGGGUCCAGUUGCAAUAAGGAUGGCAAAACUGGCAAUCAACCAGGGCAUGGAGGUGGAUUUAUCUACAGGUCUGGCAAUUGAAGAAGCAUGCUAUGCCCAGGUGAUACCAACUAAGGAUCGGUUGGAGGGUUUGGCUGCAUUCAAGGAGAAGAGACAGCCUAACUACAAGGGGGAGUGAGGCCACAAUCCACCCAGAAAACAGAGCUCUGUCUUCAGCUCUUCAAAUCUUCCACUGCUUCCAACAAAUUUAGGGGUGAAACUCUACAUCUACCUGCACAGGCUCUCCAGUACAGGACGUCUCUUUGACCGCAGGACAGACCUGGCUGGUGUUUCUGCCAGUGACUUAAAUGUUACUCUAAAGUGUAACGCCUGUGCUGGAUGGGUCAACUGCCACUUGAAGAUUUUGAGAAAUCAAGCAAGCUAACCAAGCACUGACAGCUGCUUGCAAUAUUUAAAAGUAUCUAUCUAAAAGAAAUUUUAAAAGAUUAUAGCUAUUGGCAGUAUGAUUAGCAGUUUAGUUAAACGUUGCUUCCUUAAGUAAUGGGUCAAUCCAAGAUCUAUUGAGAUUUCCAUGAAGUUCUGUGAGUGAUUCACAUGAAUAAUGCAUCAGUUUACUGCUUUUUUACUUUGGUAGAAAUGUACUGCAUUCCCAACACAAUAACACCAGAGGUGUGUCUAUGAAAUAAUUAAAGUCUUGUUUUUCCCCUCAA